CCAAAACAUGGGCUAAAGAAGGUAAUUUCAAGUUUUCAACAGCUCAAAGCCGUGAACUAUGAAGGUAAUAACAAUCUUUAAGCUAUCACGGCCUGAUCCGAGCCUCAUCUCUCUCCGACUAGUUCUUGUAUCCCUGUAAUAUCAAUUCAGAGCCCCGAAUCAUCAAUGGGAGGCCAUUUCUUCUGAUUGCCGGCGAUGAAAUGAUGAAUACACGGCCCUAAAUUUGGCUUGGCCACUUUUGGGAGUGCAAGAUUUGGUGCAAGUGUCCUAUCAUAUGUAUUUAGGGGAGUUAGCUUUGAGUCGACUUAGAGGAAAGUUGUGUGUUUUUAUCAUCAAUUUUGUUUACUGAUGGGGGAAGAUCUUGAUGUUUUAUUUGUUCAUUAAUCGUGUGUCAUUAUGCGACCUGCAGCCAGACAAGCUCAUUGCAUUGUAUGUGACUUCCACUGCAGUGGUGCAGUAGCAAGAAGUGGGUGUUAUUGGAAAAAAUUGGCUAUUAAAACGUGAAAAUAAGUUUCUGGUUAUCUGCAAGUGUCACAUCCUUCUCUCUCCAUUGAUGAAAGGGACUCACCUCCCUUUUCACCAUGCGAAAUUGUCGUGAAUUCUCCAUCUUCAUGCUCCCCCUUGCAUUCCUCAUCCUCUCCUUUGUGCUCCGCCUUUUCCAUCCUUUUUUGUUUCUUCAGUACCCUGAAAGCGACCAAAAUAAAACUCUGCUUUACUCUACAUCAAAAGCACAAUUUGAAGCAGAACUAACAGAGAGUUUCUGCCACAACCACGACGUGGUCCAAGAGCAGCAUUCUUCACCAAGGAAUUAUAUUGUUCGAUUCACUAAGUAUCUGAAAUCUGAAUUUCAUCAGACAUAUCUGCAAAACAAUGUGAAAUUGAAAGGUUGGGAAUGGAUAGAAAGGAAAAACCCUGCUUCUCAAUUUCCAACUGACUUUGCAUUGGUGGCAAUUGAGGAAUCGGUGAUAGAAAUUCUGAUUGAGAAGUUCACAAAUUUGAAGCGUGUGAAAGACGUAUCAUUAGAUUUGAGCUAUCAAAGAGGAGUUCUUGGAAAGAAGAAUGUUCGGGUUGGGGAUUUUUUUGAUGAGAAGAAGAGACCGGGCAAGAUCUUCACGGCGAUGUCUUUCAGUGAAGGAGAGAGAAAUGUAGUGUCUAACUCAAGCAACAUUGAUAUAAGCUGGAAGAGGGAACUUUUGAUGCAGAAGUCUCAAGUUACCUCCCUGUUUAGUGCAGAAGCACUCUGGUCAAAGGGAUACACUGGUGCUAAAGUAAAAAUGGCUAUAUUUGAUACAGGCAUUCGAGCAGAUCAUCCACAUUUUCGUAAUAUCAAGGAACGUACAAAUUGGACCAAUGAAGACACUCUUAAUGACAAUCUUGGACAUGGGACAUUUGUAGCUGGAGUUAUUGCUGGACAAGAUUCAGAAUGUCUUGGUUUUGCCCCAGACACUGAGAUUUAUGCUUUUAGAGUAUUCACAGAUACACAGUUCAUUGCAGGUAUCAUACACUUCAUGGUUUCUUGAUGCAUUUAACUAUGCAAUAGCAACCGACAUGGAUGUGUUGAAUUUGAGCAUAGGUGGACCUGAUUAUAUGGAUCUUCCAUUUGUGGAGAAGGUUUGGGAGAUAACAGCAAAUAAUAUUAUCAUGGUUUCAGCCAUUGGUAACGAUGGGCCACUUUAUGGAACUUUGAACAAUCCAGCAGAUCAAAGUGAUGUUAUUGGUGUUGGUGGCAUUGAUUACAAUGAUCAUAUAGCAUCAUUUUCAUCGCGUGGCAUGAGUACAUGGGAGAUUCCUCAUGGUUAUGGCCGCAUGAAACCUGACAUAGUUGCUUAUGGACGGGAGAUCAUGGGUUCCAAGAUCAGCACUGGUUGCAAAAGCUUGUCUGGCACUAGUGUUGCGAGUCCUGUGGUGGCUGGAAUUGUAUGCCUCCUUGUCAGUGUCAUUCCUGAAGGCAAGCGGAAGGACUUGUUAAACCCAGCCAGUGUGAAACAGGCACUUGUUGAGGGAGCUGCAAAGCUUCUCGGUCCUAACAUGUAUGAGCAGGGUGCAGGCAGGGUUAAUCUAUUGGAGUCUUUUGAGAUUUUAAAGAACUAUCAACCUCGGGCCAGCAUCUUUCCCAGUGUUCUUGAUUACAGAGAUUGUCCUUAUUCAUGGCCAUUUUGCUCUCAACCACUCUAUGCCGGUGCUAUGCCAGUUAUUUUUAAUGCUACCAUUUUAAAUGGGAUGGGUGUUGUUGGUUAUGUUGAAGGCCUGCCGACAUGGAAUCCCUCAGAUGAUAUGGGAAAUCUUCUUGAUAUACACUUCACCUAUUCUGGUGUUAUUUGGCCAUGGACAGGUUAUCUGGCGCUUCAUAUGCAAAUCAAGGAAGAAGCGGCUAAAUUUUCUGGGGAUAUUGAAGGAAAUAUUACUGUUCAGAUUUAUAGCCCUCCAGCUAAAGGAGAAAAAACCCGCCGAACUGAUACCUGUAUCCUUCAGUUGAAACUGAAAGUGAUUCCUACUCCACCAAGAGAAGCUCGGAUUUUAUGGGAUCAAUUCCAUAGUAUUAAGUACCCCCCUGGUUAUAUACCAAGAGAUUCUUUGGAUGUUAGGAAUGACAUUCUUGAUUGGCAUGGAGAUCAUCUUCAUACAAACUUCCAUAUCAUGUUUGACAUGUUAAGAGAUGGUGGGUAUUAUGUUGAAACACUUGGAUCUCCUCUCACAUGCUUUGAUGCAAGACACUAUGGGACCCUUCUCCUUGUGGAUCUUGAAGAUGAGUACUUUGGUGAAGAGAUCAAGAAACUCAGGGAUGAUGUGAUCAACACUGGGUUAAGUGUGGUUGUAUUUGCUGAUUGGUAUAAUGUGGAUACAAUGGUGAAGAUGAGAUUCUUUGAUGAUAACACACGAAGUUGGUGGACCCCUGUAACUGGAGGUGCUAAUGUGCCUGCUUUGAAUGACCUUUUGGCUCCAUUUGGGAUUGCAUUUGGAGAUAAAAUUCUUAAUGGUGAUUUUGUCAUCGAUGGUGAGCAGAGUCGAUAUGCAUCUGGAACUGACAUUGUCAAGUUUCCUAGAGGUGGAUAUCUGCAUAGCUUCCCUUUCCACGAUAGUUCAGAGAGUGGGGCUACACAAAAUGUUAUGUUAUCUGGCACAGCCAAGGCAGACAUGCCGAUUCUUGGUCUAGUGGAGGCUGGCAAGGGCCGCAUUGCAGUAUAUGGGGACUCAAACUGUUUGGAUAGCAGUCAUAUGGUUACCAAUUGUUACGGGCUUUUGAAGAAAAUACUAGAUUUUACUGGCAAAAGUAAUAAAGAUCCCGUACUGUUCUCUGAUUCAGUUAAACAAGACAAACCAUUGUACAUGGACGAGAAGCAAUUACCAUCCAGACGGACUGAUGUGAACUUUUCUACCUAUUCUGCUGUUGUUGGAAAGGAUAUGAUCUGCAGGCAUGACUCUCGGUUUGAAGUAUGGGAAACUAAAGGCUACAAUUUACAUGUCAGGGGAAGAAACCGGAGAUUACCAGGCUACACUGUUAUUGAUUUGGGCACUGGUUUAAAUUCUUCCUCAGAGAGCUCAUGGAUGGAAAUAUCCAACACAACUAAAAAGAAAGGUGGUUAUUCACCAAGAAGCAAGGACCUGGAUGGAGAUGAUGUAAUACUUUCUUGAUUCUCAUCAUUGUGUUCUAUUGUCCAUUGUUUUAACAUGAAAGGCUAGUGUUCAAUUCCAUGUAAUUCCCCUCUUACAUUGAGAUGUUCAUGUCCCUAUUGUGCUCUAUGCUAUCAACCUAAUAAUGAUUGUCUUGUUGAGGAGUUCUGAGGGGAAGUUGAGAGGCAAGAUGUGCAUGUGCCUUUAGCAACCCAUUGGCUUGUUCCUGUAGGUAUUGCAAUUAUUGGGGUGUUGCUACUUUUGAGUCUUUGGCGUGUUCGACAGAAGCGGGGUAGGCGGAGGAAAGUAUCUUCUGGUUCAGUAGGUCGCUUUGCUAAUAAUGUAUAAAGAAAUGCUCUCGCUUACAUUUGUCAGGCAUUAUUUGCACUGAUAAAAGAGUCAGGGUUGCCACUUGUCACCAUGUGAGUGACACAAGCAGGGUGAGUUUUGUAUCACAAAUGAAUGCCUAGAAGUCUUUCCUGUUAGAUUGUUCUAGAAGAGGUGUAGAGCAUCAGAUUUGUAGAUGUAGAUUACAUGAUAUACCAGACAUUCUUCUUCAUCAGUAGAAAAAUAGCAAUGCUACUCUUCAUUAAGAUCAUUGGUAGGUAAAUACGUUAUAGUGUUUCUAUUUUUUCUCAAUUUGUGUCAACCGAGAUAUUCUCAGGUUGUUUCAGCAAAAGAGUAUCCUUACAUAACCCAUUUUCCUAUUAUUUUUAAGUUUAGUGUAGAAAUUAAUUUUUGGUUAUA